AUGCCACCCUCCGGGCUUCUCGCUGGCAAGACUGCCGUUAUCACUGGUGGCACAACGGGGAUCGGGCGCGCCAUCGCGCUCGCAUUCCUUGCCCAGGGCUGCAGCGUCGCCGUUAACCACCUCGGCCUUUCCAGGGACCAGCCACACCUUGACAGCCUCGUCAGCGAGGCCUCUGAGCUGCUCAAAACCAACCCCUCAGCAGGCCGACUAGCCCACCUCCCCGGCGACGUGCGCGAUCCCGAAACGGGCACGCGUCUCGUCGCCUUUGCGCUCGAGCAGUUUUCCACGGGCCGGUUAGACGUGUGCGUGUCCAAUGCCGGAAUCUGCACCUUUGCCGAGUUUCUCGAUCUCGACGCCCAUCUCUUCGCCAACACGGUGCGCACCAACCUCGAUGGCGCCUUUUACGUGGUGCAGGCGGCCGCGCGCCAGAUGGCCCGCGGCCAGACCCCGCCCGGCGGCUCCAUCAUCGGCAUCUCGUCCAUCUCGGCCUUGGUGGGUGGCGGCGGCCAGACCCACUACACGCCCACAAAGGCCGGCGUGCUGUCGCUGAUGCAGAGCACCGCCGUCGCCCUCGGUCGCUACUCCAUACGCUGCAACGCCCUCCUGCCCGGCACCAUCAAGACGCAGCUCAACGAGGCCGACCUUGACGACGAUGCCAAGCGCACCUAUAUGGAGACGCGCAUCCCCCUCGGACGCACUGGCGAGCCGCGCGACCUCGCCGGCCCUGCCAUCUUUCUUGCCAGCGACGAGCUGAGCGGCUACGUCACGGGCGCCCAGCUGCUGGUUGACGGGGGCUUGUUUGUGAAUUUGCAGUGA